AGGGGAGAUGCUCACGGGCGGUGCUGCGUCGCCGGAGCGCUUCAGAAAUGGGCAAGAAGGAGCGAGAUAAGAAGAAAUCGAAAAAACGCCACUAUGAGGAGGAAGAGGAAGAAGAAUAUGAUCUUACAGGCAAAGAGUCCCAAGAAGCAGUUCCAUCAGCUGCAGGGAAGCAAGUGGAAGAUUCUGGGACCAAAGUUGAUGAAUAUGGUGCAAAAGACUACAGGAACCAGAUGCCACUCAAAGCUGAUCAUUCCUCACGCCCAUUGUGGGUGGCUCCUGAUGGCCAUAUUUUCUUAGAAGCCUUUUCACCUGUGUACAAGUAUGCCCAGGAUUUUCUUGUGGCCAUUGCUGAGCCAGUUUGCCGACCUACCCAUGUCCAUGAAUAUAAACUGACUGCUUACUCCCUGUAUGCUGCUGUNGAAUCUAGUGAGAGCUACUGA